GUGAGUUACAAGUCUAACACGUAUCCAAUGCUUACACAUGGCAAAGCUAGACUUGAUACAUGCAGAGGCGGAUAACUGUUUCUCGGAAGAGAAUGGUCAGAAUUUCCAAAGAACAGAACCCAAAACCAAUCUCUGAAUCAACUGCAAGCACACACUUGAAGAGUUUAAAGCACAUAUGGCACAACCACAAGAAGCUAAGGGAAGUUCUAAUAUUUCAAGCUAUGAUUCCUACUUCAAGACAGUACAGGCAAGGAAGAAAUUACCACAUUCGCUACAAGAGGUUUUAACAACUGCAUUUGCAAAAAUCCCAGUUUCCUCUUUUCCAGGAGUUCCUGGAGGCAAAGUAGUUGAGAUUCCAGCAGAUACAUCUAUCGGCGAUGCAGUCAAGAUUCUGUCUGAAUGCAACAUUUUGUCAGCUCCUGUGAGAAACCCAGCUGCAGAAACCAGCUCAGAAUGGAGAGAUAGUUACCUAGGAAUCAUAGAUUACUCUGCCAUUAUUCUUUGGGUGUUGGAGAGUGCAGAACUAGCUGCAGUUGCUCUCUCAGCUACUUCAGCAACAGCUGCUGGAGUUGGUGCAGGAGCUGUUGGCGCAAUUGGAGCAGUUGCAUUGGGUGUGACCGGUCCUGCUGCAGUUGCAGGGUUAACCGCUGCUGCAGUUGGAGCUGCAGUGGCUGGUGGAGUGGCUGCGGACAAAGGGAUGCGCAAAGAUGCUCCCACAGCUGCUGAUGAAUUGGGCCAAGACUUUUACAAAACUAUACUGCAAGAUGAACCUUUCAAGUCAACCACAGUAAGGUCAAUACUUAAAUCCUUCCGCUGGGCACCUUUCCUUCCAGUAGCAACCGAUAGUUCUAUGUUGAGCGUCUUGCUACUACUCUCAAAAUAUAGGCUCAGGAAUGUACCUGUGAUAGAACCUGGCCAAGCUACUAUCAAGAACUACAUUACUCAAUCAGCAAUUGUUCAUGGUCUUGAGCGAUGCAAAGGAAGGGAUUGGUUUGACUGCAUUGCCGCAAAGCCUAUAUCUGAUCUGGGACUUCCUUUUAUGUCCUCUGAUGAGGUUAUUAGUGUCCUGAGCGAUGACUUGAUCCUGGAAGCUUUCAAGAAGAUGAGAGAUAAUCAAAUUGGCGGUCUUCCAGUUGUAGAAGGGACAAAGAAGCAGAUAGUCGGUAAUGUCAGCAUAAGAGAUAUCAGACACUUGCUGCUCAAACCCGAGCUCUUCUCCAAUUUCAGGAAGCUCACUGUCAGGGACUUCAUGAGCACCAUCUCGACAAGCCAGAAUAUUGGAAAAGCCGUCCCAGCAAUUACAUGCAAUGUCGAGUCCACUCUUGGCAAUGUGAUUGAAACUCUUGCUUCCAAGUCCGUUCAUAGAAUCUACGUGGCGGGGCAGGAAGGUGAAGUUGUUGGUGUCAUUACUCUCAGAGAUGUGAUUUCUUGCUUCAUUUAUGAACCCCCCAACCACUUUGAUGACUGCAUGGGGUCUGCGUUGAAGGAGAUGCUGAAUGAGUGAAACUUACGUUUGUGGAAACCUUACAUAGAUAUGCAGAGACAGGAAGAAAACAGUUGACAAUCAAGUUGCAGUUAUCUAUCAGUAUAUCUAUUUUUCAUGCAAUUGUAAUAAGCUAAAGCCAGGGAGCUUUCUUGACU